AUGAAACAUGACAUCGUGGACUACGUUAGUCGUUGUUUAACAUGUCAAGAGGUUAAAGCAGAGCAUAAACAUCCAGCUGGAGAGUUGCAACCUUUAGAUGUUCCGGAAUGGAAAUGGGAGCAUAUAACCAUGGAUUUUGUGGUGGGACUGCCCAAAACAAGUGAAUGUUAUGAUGCAAUAUGGGUAAUUGUUGAUAGAUUGACUAAAUCUGCCCAUUUUGUACCCAUAAAAGUGACUUAUCAAGCUUCAAUCGGUAUGCCACCAUAUGAAGCUUUGUAUGAAAGAAAGUGUAGAUCUCCCAUUCAGUGGUAUGAAACUAGGGAGAAGCAAUUACAUAAGACAAAAUUCAUUCAGGAGGCGGUUGAAUCUAUCCAGAAAAUUCAUCAAAAGAUGAAGACGGCACAUGACCGUCAGAAAAGCUAUGCUGAUAAGCGUAGAAGACCAUUGGAGUUUAGUGAAGAAGAUUCAGUCUUCUUGAAGAUCGUACCCAUGAAAGGUGUUAUGCGUUUUGGCAAGAAAGGCAAAUUGAGCCCAAGGUAUAUAGGACCUUUCCAGAUUAUCAAACGAAUAGAGAAAGUAGCCUAUCAACCGCCGGAAUUAGACGUGGUACAUAAUGUAUUCCACGUCUCAAUGUUAAAGAAGUAUAUACUCGAUCCAUCCUAUAUUAUAGAACAUGAACCGAUUCAGAUUCACGAAGGCAUGACUUAUGAGGAACAACCGGUGCAAAUACUUGCACGAGAAGAGAAGCGUCUUCGGAAUCGAAGUAUUCCACUUGUAAAGAUACUGUUGAGGAAUCAAAAGUGGAAGAACCAACAUGGGAACGUGAAGAUGAGAUGUGAAUGA